AUGGUGGCGGCUCGUGAGGGGGAGGACGACGGGAAGGUGCCGUGGGCUGUGGUGGUGGAGGGGUUGCUCACCACGGGCGCCUUCAGCACCAGUGACCCCGUGACACUUGCCUUCGCGCGAUUGGCCGAGCGGUUCCUGGCGCCGUGGGCGAGAAUAGAGGUGUGGCCGGGUCGGGUGGAGUGGGGAAGGGGGUUAAGGGAAGAGGGAAGAGGGGGGAGGGGAGAUUGGGGUAAGAGGGGUCUUAUUGGUAUCACGGACGGGCUGGGGAAGACAGGCCUCAUCAAGGCGGCAGCACUCAAAGCCAUCGCCACCAACCCCAAGCUAAUGACCUGUGUGGCGCAGGUGCGAGUGGUGGAAGGGCGGGUGUUCUUCCGCUAUGGCUCUUUCCUGGAAGACGAGAGGAAGCUUCUGAGAAUCAACCUGGCGGUGAAGAUGAUUCAUGAAGCCGUGGUCACGUUUGAGCUGCAGACCCUGCGGGCAGAGCUCUAUUUGAACGCGUGUGACGACCCACACAGCUACGACAAUUCACUCUCAUCGGGUCGUUCGGGCUUUGCAGUGCUGAGCUCCCAGUGGACGCCCGGCGUGACGGACAUUCUCUUCCCCGACCCCCUUGACCUCGCGUACCAGCCCUCCUACUCGCCCCGCGCGGGGCAAGUAGGAGAGGCACGGCAGGAGCGGCAGGGGUUGGAGCCGUUGCCGAUAUGGGAGCGGCGGCAGAGCAAGGCAGAGUGGAGGGGGAGGGCGUUGGAGCUGGUGCUAAAGGAGGCCAACUGGGCCACGAGCCUGAGAGUGCGCCUGCACCGCAUGUCAGACGCCCGGCCCGACCUGCUGGACGCACGCCUCACCAUGUGGGGCGAGAAGGACGGCGUUGACGCCAAGAAGCUGCUGCUCAGGCAAGGUGUGGUGCUGGCAGAGGAACUGGAUGACGUGGCAGGGAGAAGAGACUACAAGUACGUGCUGGUGGUGGACGAGCAGAUCGGCACGCGUGACAUGUGUCGCGCUCUGAGUGGCCCGCAGGCCGUCAUCCGCCACGCGUCAGGCUACACGGAGUUCUCUGACCCGCUGCUGCUGCCAGGCGUGCACUAUGCACCCGUGGGGCACAGUUUCCGGGACCUAUUCAGUGUGAUAGAGUGGAUGCAGCGCAACGAUGCUGCUGUCCGCACCAUGGUACGCAACGCCAACGAGCUUGCAGCGCUCGUCUGCACAUGGCACUCGCGCGUGCACUUCUGGGCGGUACUCCUCGCCAAAUACUCCUCCCGUGCCCUCGAGAACCCCGCUGCUGUGGUUGCCCCCACGCCGUGCCGCGGCGGCCGCGCCAGGGUUAGUUCCCAGUGGGCGAAUUCGACUGUUUCUGGGGCUUGUAAAGUGGAGCGGAGUGUAGAUGAAGCGGGGGCGUCGUGGAGUGAGCUGGCGAAGGCUGCUGGGGAGAGAGGGGCUAGUGCGUUGUUGGAGGUUUUGGGUAUUGAUGGGAGCGGUAUGGAGGAAAUGGGAGAUGAUAAUCUGGAUAGGUGUAGUGAUUUUUGUGUAAGUGGGGUGCCUGAGGAUCAAUGGGUAUGGCUGGAUGCGGAGGAGAGCUUGAGGGACGUCUACCCGCAUGAUCCCAUUGGCCGCCUCUGGUUAUCCACUCAGCCUCGUGCCAAGCCUUCCCUUCAGCUGCGAGAUUUCUCGCAAGAGCUCGCCGAGGCCUCGCCGCCGUCGAUUCGGCAAGGAUCCUGCGGUACGGAGGAGAGCGAAUGUGAAGCUCUGGUACCGCCUGAGACGCAGCUAUUCGAUGAGUAUCAACGAGGAACUUACCUUCCUGCCGUCAGUGAUUCGUAUCGAGAAAAUACUACGAAACUUACUGCAGCGGGUGAUGAGAUCGUCACGUGUAAACAGACGACGCGCGAUUCUAUCGAGACAUCGGGCAACGGGGAUGUAUGGGAGGGAGAGGACGCGCACUGUGGUACGGCGCGCUCUUCAUGCGACAGUAAGAGCUCGUGCGAUAGCGAGCGAUCGUGCGACAGCGACGACCUGUCAAGCGACGACGAAUCGUCAAGCAGCGACGAUUCGUGCAGUGGAUUCUCGUCCUUUGGGAGCGAAGAUUCGUUCGAAACUUCCAAUUUUUCCGAAGAAGGCAGCGCAUUGGCUGCCGAACCGCCGAGCGGCGCGCUGGCUCAACAAAACGACGCUGACUCGUUCAAACCUGCGUUGACUCUCGAAGACGACAUACCCUUCCGCGCCACGUGGCCUUUCGGUCCGUACAGGUUCCCGCCGGUGUCGCCAGCGCGUGCGAGAGAGUCGCCCAGCAAGUCGCCCAACAGCAAGGGACAGCGGGUUCGGUGGUGCGACGAAGAAGACGGCGGGUCGCUCGUCGAUGUUCGUGAAUUUGAGCGAAGCGACGUGGAGUGGGAGGAUAUUCGCCUGCCGCCCAGGCGACGCAGAUACGACGCGUCCGACGAGGAUGACGUGUGCGGAUGCGCGGUGCAGUGA